CGUAAUUGAUUGCUGCGAUGGGCUGCGUGGAGAGCAGUCGGCGAGUGAAGGAGAUCCGCGUGGUGCAGCAAGCAGGCAAGAACCCUGGCGUGCGGCGCUGCAGCGGAACCGGCGUGGCGUCAGGGUGCAAGAAGCGGGGCACGCGCACGCCGCUGCCCAACAUGGUCGACUCCGGCUUCGAGGACGAACUCGUCGGCAUCGCCACCAUUGACCUUGGCGACUCAUUUGACUCUCAGCGUUCAAGCGUGGGUGCUGUGCGUCCGGCGGGACUGUCUCCAGACUCGGGCAUCUUCGAGCUGAUCGGUCAGGAUUUCUCGGGCGUAGUCACCGACUUUGACGCCGUGCCGCGCAUAGAAAACGAGUUCAGCAUGCCCAGAAUAAACACAGAAUUGUUGAACGGGAGUGCUUGUCCACCGAGGGUGAGUGCCCUGAGGAAGGAGGAGGCGGACAUUCUCAACCGGCUGCACAAAGAAGGACUGAUCACAAAACCCAAGGUUACCACGUCAGGAGGAAUGAGUUACGAGUUGGUGACGCGGUGCGAAGACUCGAUGAACCUGGGCCCUGGCGCCAGGUUGCCUCCGUUGAAGCUGAAGAAGCUGGAGAAGCGGCGCUCGCGGCUGCGGCCCCAAACGCCACUCAACGAGGAGCGGAUUCUGGAAAAACUCGAAAAAGCCGAGGAACGCCGCAGGGAGGUUGAGUUGGAGCGUGCGCGUCGGAUCAACGAGAGAAUCUCAUCUGCGAAGCCAGUCGAGCUGAAGAAGCUGGAGAGCAUGGCCAAGAUGCAGCGCAAGCUGGAGAAAUUCGAGAACACGCUGGAGAACAGAGCGCUCUACCUGCAAAACAUGCGCGACAGGCUGAGAGAGCACAACCUCAGGGCCGCCGCCGUGCGCUCCAAAAGGUCGAAAACAAACGUCAUGACCAUCGAGGAUGACGCAUUCAGAGUUCCCGGCGAAUAUUAAUUCCUUUUUGGGGAAAUGCAUCGGCAAGUGUAAAAAUCGAAAAAAUUAUGUACAUUCAUACUGGAGUAAUUAGAAAGGCUUUUGCAAAGAGUUCGAUUGUUGUAAAAUAGGUAUUUUUGUAUAAAAUUUGACGUUGCAUAAACUAGGAUAAAAUUACAUAAUUGUAGGAUUUCAAACUUGUUGCUGAAACUUUUCCUCUUUAUAGCUCCAAAAGGUAAUAAGUGGGGUUGUUGGUUGGUGAUCAGCGAUUCCUCUGAUAAAAACGUGAUCAUUUAUAGACGGGAAAAGUCAUUAAAUUUUACACUCUUUGGAAGGUGUUACAAUUUUUAUCUCUAUAGACACCCGCGACAGAAAAGCUGCGCAUUUUUGUCAUAAAAAAUCUGAUUGUAAAAGUUGUACAGUUUAAAGCGAUUUAUAAAAUUAAUUAAAAUCAGAGAUAAUUUAGAAUCAAUUUGAAAAUGGUCCAGCAGUCAUAAAGCUCUCCCGAAAUCCCAAAUAUUCAACCAUUUUAAAUUAAGAAAAAAGUCCUGCUUGUGGGGUAUAAGUGCGGCUAUUGAAAAAAAAUGUUUUGUAAUUGUCUAGUUCCUGUUAGAGCUAUGCAAAAUAGUGUAUGUCAAUUUCUUGAUCAACUUUGUGAAGAAAAUUUGUACAUGUAGUAUCUAAUGAU